UCUCCCUCACCAACUUCUUCAGGUUCUAUAUUCAUACGCCUAAGGGCGGUCUUGCUUGCCGAUUUUUUCCAAGUCGCCCUAUUGUUUAGUGGUAUUGAAAGGAAUGGAGUGCAUGAUGCAUGCUUCCAUGUAUCGAGAAUGAGCGAAAUACGCGAAGAAUAUGUAGGACUUUGAAACCGUACGUAUAGUAUCUGUAGAGCUAGAUUCACAAAUAGGUUUCGAUGAGGAUUCCGAAUAGGCUUCGCCAGUGAAGAAGUGGGACCCGUGCUUCCUGCCGCUGUGACAGACAUGUUCUGACGGGAGUGGGACGCACAGCGGGAUGAAGGCGGUGUUCAGGAGCAGAAGACGGCGGCUUUGCUGCUGUGGAAUGGGAAUGCUCGCUGUCCUCGCGCUCACACAACUGCUUUGCUUGACAGAGACAGAUCCCAGCAAGGAUCCACCUUCCACCUGGGCCUCACGCAGACUGAUGCAAGAGAGAGGAGAGAACCAGACUUCCAAACCAUCGCAUACACCGAUUGACGAGUUCCCGGCGGACAUCUUCACCAAGGAGCAGCGGAAACGCGGGGCGGUACUGCUGCACGUGCUCUGUGCCAUCUACAUGUUCUACGCUCUUGCUAUAGUCUGCGAUGAAUACUUUGUCCCUUCACUGGAGAAGAUAUCAGAGAACCUGCACCUCAGUGAGGAUGUGGCAGGGGCAACCUUCAUGGCAGCAGGAAGCUCUGCUCCAGAGCUGUUUACUUCUCUGAUUGCCGUGUUCAUCACUAAAGGAGAUGUGGGAGUGGGCACCAUUGUGGGCUCUGCCGUUUUCAACAUCCUCGUCAUCAUCGGGGUGUGUGGACUCUUUGCAGGACAGAGUGUGUCUUUGACCUGGUGGCCUCUUUUCCGGGACUCUCUCUUCUACAUCUUCUCUGUGCUUGCCUUGAUUUUGGUCAUCUAUGAUGAAAGAGUUGUCUGGUGGGAGUCUGUUCUUCUGAUUUCCCUGUACGGACUCUACAUCCUCAUAAUGACGUUUAACGUCAAGAUUUGGAGGUUUGUGGAGCAGGAGUGCGGGCGUCCUGACCAGUGUUGUGUCAAGAACAGGCGCCUUCCAGACAGAGAGUUGGGAGAGGGGGGAGAGAAUUCGGACACUUCUGAUGUCCUCCUCAGGAGGGGUCAGUGUUCUGGGCAGGAGUCUCCUGUGGUGAUGGUGGAUGAGCUCCUAAGCCUCCACCCUCACCAGCUGUCGUUCUCCGAGGCCGGCCUACGCAUCAUGAUCACUCCCCACUUCUCCCCCCGAACCCGCCUCAGCAUGGCUGGCCGCAUGCUCAUCAAUGAGAGGCAGAGGCUCAUCCGCAGCCCCGGGGGGAGCAGUGACAGUGACACGGGCCUCGGGGACUCCCCGGUGAAGCCCAGCAGAUCCGGGCUCAGGCCAGACGAGUCUCUGGUGAUCGAGAAUGGACGGAGCCCCGAAAACGAGACGCUGCCUCUGGAGGAGCCGGGGAGGGGGGAGCCCGACGAACCCGCGGCGGUGAAGGGAGAGUCGAGCGCGGAGAGUCCCGAGGAGGAGGAGGACGACGGGGAAGGCACUUUCAGGCCGCUGAAAAUGCCAAGGGGUUGCUGUGCUCGGGUGAAGUGGCUGGUGUCCUGGCCCCUGUCCUUCCUGCUGUACUGCACUGUGCCCAACUGUGUGCUGCCACGCUGGCGCCGCUGGUUCAUGGUCACAUUUGCGUGCUCCACGCUGUGGAUUGCCUUCUUCUCCUACCUCAUGGUGUGGAUGGUCACCAUCAUCAGUGACACUCUUGGCAUCCCCACCUUCAUCAUGGGCAUCACCUUCCUGGCAGCAGGCACCAGCGUCCCUGACUGCAUGGCCAGUCUUAUUGUCGCCCGGCAAGGUAUGGGGGACAUGGCUGUGUCCAACUCCAUUGGCAGCAAUAUCUUUGACAUCCUUUUGGGGCUGGGCUUCCCCUGGACUCUACGCACCCUAGUGGUGGACUUCAACUCAUCAGUCUCCAUCAACAACAAAGGAUUAGUGUAUUCUGUCAUCCUGCUGCUUGCCUCGGUCUGUCUCACAGUGUUGAGUGUACAUCUGAACCACUGGAAGUUGGACAAGCGGUUGGGCUAUUGCUUGCUGUUUCUCUAUGCCAUUUUCCUUCUCUGCUCUGUACUGUUCGGAUUAUAAAAUAUCCAACGCAGAAGACCGUUCCGCAUCUCCUGCUUGUUAUAAUCUUCAUUGGAAGCCCAGUCAGAAGUUCCUACCGUGCAUGUUCUGAGACGCGUAAUGGUAUCACGCUGUUCUGGUGAAAAAGGAAGCUGUAAAUGGUUUGUUAUUUUCUCUCAAUAUAGUGUUGUCCUGCUGAUUUUAGAUUAUUUUUUUGUUUUAAAAAGGAGAUACUAUUUAUACGUUUAAUAAUCAUUAAUAAUAAUUAUUUGUCUGAUCACUUUUAGAGUGGGGAAGAUUAUAAAUAAUAUGGUAAUUCUAAUGGUCCUGCCAUAUCUACAGAGGUACAGAAUACCUAUGCUGUACAGUAGAGGUUCUGGUAAAAUUAAUCAAUGAACAGGCAGAUACAGUAAUGUACUUUGAAGGCGUUUGGCACAAAUCGUUUAAACCAGCUUCCCAGUAACACUUUAACAUUGGCAGUUGUUAACUGGGGUUUCCCUGCUGUCAUGCGUGAGUCUCAUCCUUUGUGAUGGGAUUGGUAAUGGUACAGGGGUCUAUGAAACUGAAGAUGAAGUUGACUGAAAAACUGAUAUAUUUCUGUGCCCACAAGCCAAAUUCUGCUGAUAUGAUUUAUUCAUAAUUUCUGCUUCACUGCUCCACAGCUUUCUCUUGGCACUGACCAUGAAAGUACAAAACACUGAAACUUUGAAGUAUAUUUAGAGUAGUGUUAUUACUGUUUAAUGUGCUAAUAUAGUGAAUGAAUGUUGCCACUUUUGAUGACUUGUGUACAGGUUUUAAUAUUAUUCACCACCUUUAGGUACGAUCAUUGUUUUGAGUCAAGAUUAGCUCUCACAGUAUAUUUAUAGGUGUGUAUUAAUAUUAUCAUUAUUUAGGAAGUCAACGAAAUCUCACCAAAUUUUUGCUAAAGGUUUGCACAAUGUUUUACAUACUUUUAUAAGAUUGAAGAAUGAGAAUAUACUUUUUUUUAUUUCAUAAUGACUGAAUUAUGUGGAUUAUCUUCCUAACUUUUACUAUUUGCAUGGUUUUGUUACAAGGUUAUAGUAAAACCCGAAAUUUGUUACCAUUCCACCUCCACCAAUCACGAGAAUGCACUGAGUCACCUGUUAAGCCACUGUUUAACUAGAGCAGUGAGCUACAACAGCAUAUUCACAUUUUAAGUACAACUGAAAAAGGACUCAACAAAACCAGGCUGAUUUUUAUUUUAAUUAGAAGCCAAAUAAUAUCCAAACCUCUAAGCCUUUUAUUCUGCUGUGGUCCCAGCGUAGCUCUGGUGUUUGUUUUAAUCACAUGGACUUUUAUUGUAUUGUAAUAAUAUAAAGGAAGUUAUGACAGACAGGAAAUAAAUGAUUGUUUAUGCUACUACUGUGGGAGUAGUAGAGUAAUAGACUCCCUGUUUUAAGCCCAGACGUUUGUCAUUUGUCUCCGUGGCUGAGCUUAAAGCUUCCUUCCUUUCAAGACUGUGAUGUUAUGCUAUUGGACACUGCCUUGUCUGCUGUGUUUUUCUGAGAGAGUAGGGGGGUUGGAAUGUGUGUUUGUAACUGUAAGUAGGUUUCUUUAGAAUUUUUUAUCAGCUUCUAAAUUGACCUAAGGACUUAACUGUUUCGUGGCAUACACAACUUUCUUGUCUCUGUAAUAUUGUGACAUUUUUUACAGUGUCAUAAGACGUUCAUGAUUUGUAUUUUAUCUGGGGUAGGAUAUCCUAGAUAUGUGUAAGCCAAACUGAGUAUCUGAAGGACAUGGAUGGUGUUUGCAAUAGGUGGCCAAAUGAAUCCCCAUGGAUAACAACUCUUGAACAAGCUAGAACAAGCUAGAUGAAAAAGCUACUUUAGUAUUUUCCCGAAACAAUAGCCAUUGGCACUUAAGCUCCUGCUUUCAUAUGCCAUGUGUGUCCCUGUUGUGUGAUGGUCAGUAGUACUGUGCUGUUCAGUUUCUGUACUAAUUCCUGUUGUAUGCAGGAGCUCAGUCAAGUAAUCAAGUAAUCAGUCAAAUGAACUGGUCGAUAACAUAUGCUGUGUAUGUGUAGCAUCUACUGCAGUUUGAAAUAACUAACAGGGGGAACCAGGAACCUGUGUGAAUCCCCUAAUGGGCUGUGCGUGACUUCUGAAGCUUUUAGAGCCUCUGUGACUCGAGAGAGAGACAUGCCUGCAUGAUUAAAAUGAGGGGUUUGUGAAGUGUGCUAGAACGACACAAGUACAGCAAAAUAUAAUGGUGUAAUGUUAUGUUCUUAAAGGACAGUAUUAAACAAGGGACUGCUUCAGGACAUAUUCAGCUGUAUAAAAGGAUAGCAUGUACAUGUGGAAUUCACUCGUGAUAAGGGUGUCUACAUAAAACGCUCAUGAUAUGAAACCAAAAAAAGAUCUGCCGUGAUUUGUUUUGAGUGUUCGUGUUUUUCUUGUCUUUUUAUUUCGUUAUUUAUUUUUCUUCUGGCUGAAAUUCACAGAAAAAUAAUGUCUGUACAAAAAUACUCGAGCUAUGAAAAAAUGACACACGUGAUGUUGGAAAUUUGACUAAAUGUCACCAUCAGCCAUGCUGUCAGCAGGGCAUCUGUCUGUUGUUUUUCUAGAGAGAGGAGAACAGACAAAUUGAAGAAUACGCCCUGGAUUUUUACAGAAAGGACCAGCAGGGGGCGGGUGUUCUGGCAACAGUGUGCCGAGUUGUUGGUUUGAGCCUCCGGUUGGCACAUACAGUAGGGAUGCUGACCUGCAUCUGGAAAGAUUGAAGUUGGGAACCCUGCUUUUGGGCCCUUGAGAAAGACCCUUAACCCAAAAACUGCUCCAGGGGCCUUAGCCCUGUUCUCUCUCUCUCUCACCUCACUUUCAGCUGUUCUCUCUGGCAUUUCUCCCAGGGCAUCCUUGCGAAAGAGAACAUGUUCUCAGAGGAUCUCCCCUUUUUCAUAAAAGCAAAAAGCAGCAAAGCAUUAUUUGAAGGCUUGUUUGCAAUGAUUUUUUAGUUUUGGAUGCACUAGUCCCUUUGGUUGCUUUUUACCUUCUCUUGUGAUGUAUGGGUUGAUUUACAGAAGUUUUGCUGUAUGUUGUUGAGUGCAAUAAAGUAUGUGCAAUACCUUGGAAUAA